AUGUAUGGCGGAGAUGUUGAUUUCUAUGUGGGCCCGGCUGAGGACUGGAUUGCAGAGCAGAAGAAGCAGCGUACCAAGACCGACGUGCUGUCUUCUUUGACAGGACAGAGCUCGGUCGAGCCGUUCCUGUCACACGCGAUCCUAGACAUGCCGUCUGCACAACUUCGAAUCCCCCCAUGUUGCGCCUAUGCUGAAACGCGAUGGCUUCCUCGCUGUCUUCGUGCCAAGUAUUACUCAAAUCGGCGAUUGUGUGAGCCUGAUUCGCCAGCACCAUCUGUCUCUAGUCCAAGAGAGGUGGUGUACCGAAUGGGUGCUAACCGCAGAUCGAUGGCGGAGCCACCCACGGGAGGGCCCGAACCCCAUCCCACAAACACCCAAGAAACCAUCGCCAGAGUCGCAGGAGACGACCACCAAGCUCGAACGGUCAUCGACACAGCCGGCUUGCUGAAUGAGGACUGGAAACAAUUUCGAAGCGGCGAUGCCUUUGCACCAUCGGAUCCGGCGGCAAUCGAAGCCACCCAGAACGAGGUCCAAGAAGUCAAACAUGGCCAACACCUGCUCCAAGAGCAGAAUGACAAGCUCCAGGAGGAGAUGAAGGCUCGGCGAGCGCAAAUCGAAGCUGUGCCACCGUCAGCUCCAGCCAGAUCAUGGGCAGAAGUUGCGGCAGAAAGCGGCCAGGGUCCACCCCAGACGACUCCACAACGUGCUGAGAGAGAAUCCGACUGCGUCAGAAUUAGCACCCAGAGAACAUUCGUCGACCAAGGGAUGAUGAGAACAGCGGCGGAAAUACCUUUGCACGAUACAUACCUUUCAAUCGAAGCCGCAUACACCCACAUCCACACCGCACUCACGAACGCCGCCUCAACACAAGACGCCCAGGUAGCCGGGGUUGGCACCACCAAGACUGGAUAUGUUAUUCGAUUCAAGGACCCAGAAUCGGCUGAUAUGGCCCGCAGUCACACUGAGUGGCUGGAAGGACUAGGCAACAACACCAAGCUGGUAAAGCCACGAUUUGACGUGGUCGUGCAUCGGACACCGACAGAGGGCCUCGACCAAGAUGCCGACUACGAUCAGGUGAUGGGAAUAAUCAUGGAAGAAAAUGAACGGCCAGAAACGGGCUAUCGCAUCGAGGAGGUAGCAUGGCUCAAGAGAACAGACAAGGUCCUUGGGAGGUUUGCUUCCCUGGGAAUAUGGCUAGACUCCCCAGAGGGAGCAGAGCAUUUCAUCAGCAAGGGCUUCAUAGUAGACAAACGUUAG